CCCACUCCCUGUCCUCUUGUCGCCUUGGUAACGGAAAAGGAGGGGGCUCACGGCCAGAGGGAAGGAGAGGUACCCGGACUCCUCUUUACAUGAGCGUUCCUGUUAUUGUUAUCAGUGUGGUGGAUAGAUAUUACUGCUUCUCGAAUUCAGAGCGCCUGUAGGUCGCCCGCUGUCUCCACGAGCUCGUUUGGUCAGUUGAACGGGAGCUGACAUGUCAGACAUCGUUCCUCCAGAGGUUAGACCCAAACCAGCUGUCCCUGCCAAACCCCCAAACGUGGGGGCUCCUUCUCCUUCUAGCCCCUUCCCACCCCAGGGCCUGGGUGUCGGAGGAGGCGGCAUCUCUGCUCCCCCACCGAGCGCCAUUCCAGUUCCCAUUGGAAGUCAUGGUCCGAGCCAUGGUGGCAGUCACAGCGUGGGUCAUGGCAUAGGACACAGCGUUAGUCACGCUGGAAGUCACGCUGGAAGUCACGCUGCACCACACAGCGGCGGUCAUGGUCAUGGUGGCUCCCACAGCUCCAGCGGGGGAUCCACUCUGCUGGGAUACAUUGGUAUCGACACCAUCAUUGAGCAGAUGAGGAAGAAGACCAUGAAGACGGGUUUUGACUUCAAUAUCAUGGUAGUAGGUCACAGUGGUCUGGGAAAGUCAACCCUGGUGAACACCUUAUUCAAGUCCCAAGUGAGCAGGAGGAGUGCAGGAUGGGCUCGUGAUGAGAAGAUCCCCAAAACUGUGGAGAUCAAGGCAGUGUCUCACGUUAUUGAAGAGGGUGGUGUGAAGAUGAAGCUGACAGUUGUCGACACUCCGGGCUUCGGAGACCAAAUCAAUAACGACAACUGCUGGGAGCCCAUCUCCAAAUACAUCAAUGAGCAGUAUGAGAAGUUCCUGAAGGAGGAGGUCAAUAUCACCAGAAAGAAGCGAAUCCCGGACACCAGGGUGCACUGCUGUCUCUAUUUUAUCUCCCCAACCGGACACUCUCUUCGACAGCUAGAUACUGAGUUCAUGAAGCGCCUGAGUCACUCGGUCAACAUUAUUCCCAUCAUUGCCAAAGCAGAUACACUGACCAUUGAGGAGAGACAGGAGUUCAAGCAGAGGGUCAGGAAGGAGCUGGAGAUGAGCGGGAUUGAAUUUUACCCACAAAAAGAGUUUGAUGAUGACAUGGAAGACAAGAGUGACAACGAUAAAAUCAGAGAGGCGAUGCCCUUUGCUGUGGUGGGGAGUGACAAAGAAUAUCAAGUGAACGGCAAACGGGUUCUGGGGAGGAAGACAGCGUGGGGAAUUGUGGAGGUUGAAAAUCCAAACCAUUGUGAGUUUGCUCAGCUGAGAGAUUUUCUGAUCAGGUCUCACCUGCAGGAUCUGAAGGAAGUCACUCAUAACAUUCACUAUGAAACGUACCGUGCCAAGAGACUGAAUGAGAACGGAGGUCUGCACCCCAUAUCGUCCGCUGAUACCCAGGAGAGCAACCUGUAGUCAGAGAGAGAGUGAAAACAAUGAGUCCAAUAGAUGAAUCUACAAAAUACUAUAAUCCUUAUCACCACAGCAUUGCUGCAUGCGUGGAAAAGAAAAUUAAUGUGUUAAGAAUUGGUGUCAUUUAAUCCCCAAACUCCACCCAUCCGUUUCUUCAUAUUCUUCCCCACCAAGCAUAUCAAACCCCUCUGUUACCAUUUUCCAUUCAUCCCAGUGAGUCUUUGGAGGAAAGACAUAAUGUAAAAGAGACUUAGUGCCGGUAACGUUUUUUCCACUGCCAGCGCCUUUUCUCAUUGUUCAGAGUGUACAUGGAAAGUGCUCGUGUCUCUCGUGUACGGGAGGCUGAUUUUUAAGCCUGUGUGUUGUGUAGCAACUGACAGCCGAGUUUAGACAAACAAAGUGAUUUGCUCUAAAUAUUAAAAUCAUAAUUCCUGUUUAGCAACGGUGCAUUAGCCGGCUCUGCGGCUGGCUCUGUUGAAAUUGCCGAUUUUAAAUUCUGAGCAGCAGCUGUUCAUUUAAAGGAAGAAUCCCAGCGGCUUUACUGUCAAGAGGGUUUAACGAACAUUACAAGCUGUGCUGCCUUCUUUAAUAACCGAGUCCACGAAGGAAAAUAAUGAACUUUCUUUUGAGAGUUGCAGCAUUAGUCACAUGUAAAAUGCAGUUUAUAAGGAGUCCACAUGGUGAGUAACUGCUCGCUGCCGAUUCAGUGAUUCACGGUAACAAACACAAAUUUAGCUGUUCAUGCAGAUGCAGCUCACCGUGUUUUGUUUCAGCACAGUGCUCAUACAGGAAACUGCAUCUGUGUUCACUUGCAGCAAUGAGCUGUGCUCUUGGAGUUCCACCAUGCAUAUUUUAUCAAGGUUCAGACUGAUUUUUGUUAGAUGUUUCCUGUUUAAAUAGUUGACAGGCAAUAGAUGCAGGAAUUAUAACAAAUUGCAUAUACAAGCUUUCCCAGCUGGAAUGACUUGUUUUUGGUCUUUGAGAGCCACUACUAUCAGUGCAAACGUUGUUUUGUUUAAAUAUUUUUGGUUGUUGUUUUUUUCUUUAUCAUUACCAUUCAUGGCAAGUAGCCAUUCAAUAAAAUAUUAUAUUAAACCCGAAAGAAAUCCCAUCACUGGUUUGGUCAUCGCAUCUUUUUUUGCACACAGGAGAGCAGGAGAAUUGAAAUAUUUUUGAUAUAUUUGUAUUAAUAUUCAAUUCCUGCUGUGCACCACUUGGUGGCAGCAUGCUGCCACAUUAAAGAAGUUUAACGGAGCAGCUCCAUCUGCCCCAGAUGUUCUGACUGCUGAGAUUUUUUUCUCAAAUAUGUCACAUCCAGUUCUGAUGAAGUUUACUCUUCUGCUGUCAGCAGCAAAGACAUUGGGUUUACAAAAAACUUUGAUAAUAUCACCCUUUUCAUAAUAUUAUAACAUUGCCAAGGGGUUUACCAGGUUUUCUUCAGGAACUAAAUAUGAUAUUCUGCCACAGGCUGUCUGCAUUAGAACACAAACUACAAAUCUUUUAACAUAUCUCAAUCUUUUUUUAAAUCCAUUCAGCCUUUUUAAUCAAUCAUAUGUAUUUGUAUGAUUUUGAAAUCAAGUGUGUGCAACAGUAUGGUAGCAGUUGUCCGUGAUUUUAGUGCAGUCAGAGGUUUUCGAGCAGAAAUCUGAAACAGUGUUAAUGAACCAUUGUUCCUGUGUUUGUGUGCAUGCUUGUGUUAAUAUUGCCUGUUUGAUUACAGCCAGUCGGUUCACUCAUUCCUGCAACUUCACAUCCACUAACAGUUACUGUGUUUCUGAAUGUGUGAUGUGUAAAUUUAAUUGAUAUAUCAUAAGGUAAAGCGCUGCUGUCUUACCCCCAAACUAAGCUGAUGGCCCCCACGCACACACAUAUCACCCAGCCCUGUCACUCAGUGAAAACUCGCAAUGUACAUUUAUUUAACAACUUCUCACAAAGUUGCUGUGACACACCGAUGUAUGAUUUCCUGUCUUGUAUGGAGUUAUUUUUACAUUAUGUCUUAUUAUUGUAACUUAUUCUUUAUUUAAUAAAAACACAUGAUCAAGUUCUUA